UUAACUUUUCACACUUUUAUUCGUGAGAAUAGAUUUUAAGCAUGUCUCAAGGCAGCUUUGUCUUCACAUCUAUGGCCUUGCGCUCUCUCGAACUUGAUGAGGACAUGCUGGCGAGACACAAGCACAAAAAGCAGCUGGCUACCCAUCACUUCAAUAGCUAUAUGCUGCAGAAGGAAAUCAGGGAGAGGACACUGCUGAGGACCACCAUGCCACCAGCAAUCUGCCACGACCUGGUCAUCCAGAACGCUCUUUACACGGGAGACCUGCAGGCUAUGCAGCAACUCUUUCCUAGAGGAUCCUCAACAAACCUCAUCAUUGAGCCACAGGGAGGGGACAUGCGCUGGGUCUCCACAGGGGAAGGACUAUGGUCACUGACUUACGAGCAGGAGCUGACCACACCGCUUCACAUCACAGCUGGCAGAGGCUUCUCAGAGUGCCUGAGACUGCUGCUGCAGCGGGGGGCCAAUGUGGACCUGGCCCCAGGGGGCACCACCGCCCUGCACGUGUCCUGUGAGAACUGCCAGCCCGAGUGCACCAAACUGCUGCUGAUCCAUGGAGCCAACGCCAACGCUGUCACUGAAGACGGCCUCAUGCCUUUGCACUUCUGCACAAGCCCUGAAUCCUUUGAAUGUGCCAAGUACCUCCUUCAGUACGGAGCAGCUAUUAAUGGUCGCACCGUGGAUGAAGACGACACUCCCUUGCACGUGGCAGCCAGUAACAGCCUCUCAGACCACACUGAGCUCUACCUGCGCUAUGGAGCUGCUGUGGACAAACAGAACAGUGAGGGUCUCACGCCUCUGAACGCUGCUUGUUCACAACCCCAGGAGCUGCAGGAGCUUGAAAGUUACCUCAAGGUUUGCCAGAUGCUGCUGGGGGCCGGGGCCAACGUCCAGACCAAGGACCAGGACAAACACAGUCCUCUGCACAUGGCCUGUAAGAAUGUAAACCCAGACAUAGUGGAUCUGCUGCUGGCUCAUGGUGCCUGCGUUAAUGACAUGGACUACGGGGGGGAAGCUCCCAUGCACAACAUCCUGAAGGUGGUGUGCUACAAGGUGUCCUAUCACCCCGAGAGGAUCGUCCGGGCUCUGCUCAACCACGGCUCUAUCCGGGUGUGGCCUGGAGCUCUGCCAAUGGUUUUGAAGCACUGCUGUGGAUCUCCACGCACCAUCGAGGUUCUUCUGAAUGCCUACAGUAGCCUCAAAGUCAACGACACCUGGGUCGAGGCUGUGUCACCGGAGGUGUUAAAGGAGCACAAAGAGUUUUAUGAGUCUGUCUUCUCUUUGGAGCGGAGCCCUCGCUCCCUGCAGCACUUGGCCCGCUGCAGGAUCAGGAGCUUCCUGGAGCUCCGGGUGCACAAAGUGGUCCCUGAACUGGACCUGCCCACCUUCAUCAAGAACUACCUGCUGCUGGAGUACAGAGACUAUGUCCACUGAGAACACUGUGUGU